CAGACACAGAGAACGAUCACUCGUGACAAACGUGAAAGAUCUGAAUAUGGCUUCUAAAACUCAAAUAGUACUACUGCUAGUGGCUGUAAUGAUUGCAAGCUAUGGUCUUACCAACGGUGCAGCCAGCACAAACAACAGCAACAACACCAACAUCACCAGCGCAAACAACAGCAACAACACCAGCGCAAACAACGGCAGCACAAACAACAGCAGCAUAAUCAGUGGCAACAACACCAGUGGAACCAAUGGCAACAACGGCAGCUCAAACAACAGCAGCGCAACCAGCGGCAACAACACCAGCGGAACCAAUGGCAACAACGGCAGCGCAAACAACAGCAGCGCAACCAGCGGCAACAACACCAGCGGAACCAAUGGCAACAACGGCAGCUCAAACAACAGCAGCGCAAUCAGCGGCAACAACACCAGCGGAACCAAUGGCAACAACGGCAGCGCAACCAGCGGCAACAACACCAGCGGAACCAAUGGCAACAACACCAGCCGCAAACAACGGCAGCACAAACAACAGCAGCGCAACCAGCGGCAACAACACCAGCGCAAACAACAGCAGCGCAACCAGCGGCAACAACACCAGCGGAACCAAUGGCAACAACGGCAGCGCAAACAACAGCAGCGCAACCAGCGGCAACAACACCAGCGGAACCAAUGGCAACAACGGCAGCGCAAACAACAGCAGCGCAACCAGCGGCAACAACACCAGCGGAACCAAUGGCAACAACGGCAGCGCAAACAACAGCAGCGCAACCAGCGGCAACAACACCAGCGCAAACAACAGCAGCGCAACCAGCGGCAACAACACCAGCGGAACCAAUGGCAACAACACCAGCGGAACCAAUGGCAACAACGGCAGCGCAAACAACGGCAACAACGGCAGUGCAAACAACGGCAACAACGGCAGUGCAAACAACAGCGCAACCACUGGCACAACCAUUAGCACAACCAUCAGCACCAUUUAUAUUGUGUAUCUCUUUCACCUAUGGGGUUUGCGUAGCUGUCUGGACUUCUGAUCUACACAAUCACCUCUACUGCGGUUCUCAAACUCUUCCAACUGAUCUGAUCAUCAACUCUUUCAAUUUGUCAACCAGCUAAAACCUACGAGAUGCACCUGUAACAGUGCACAAGUUUCUAGCAAUUUUAUGUCAGCCAAUUUUUAUGUCAGAUUACUGAUUGUUUUGCCUAUACUUACUGAUAUGAACACUAUCGGCAAGCUCUUACAUAUAUAUGUAUGAUGGCAUGACAUUUCUUUGCUGACAUUUCUAAACAAACUUCCAUCUGCAAAACAGGUUAAGGGCAGAUGUUUAUAUAUAAUUAUUAAAAAGGAUCUGCAUGUGUCGUAUAGGGGUGGGUGUAUGAGUAAUUUUAUUUCAUGAUAGCAAUUUAUAUCACAAUAGGGAAAUAUGGUUGUUGUUAUUAUACCAGCAUUUUAGAUUCCAUUGAAUUUUCACAAUUCUUGAUACAAAUUCCGAUAUCACAGAACAAAAUAAUACUAGCCUAACUGAUAUAAGUAAAAAGUUCCCAAAGCUUAUUGAGGACAAUUAAGCAAUCAGUAGGUAAUAAAAUAAGAACAAUGAAGCUACAAACAAUAGGACGAAUCAAAAUAAAGAGUGUUUUUCAGGUAGGUCUGCCUAACAGAAGUAAGUAAUACUACAGAAACUUAAUAAACUAAUCAAAUGGAAUAUUAAAAACAAAAAACUGCAUAGUUCUCACUGUAUAAUUCAACAUACAUUGAUUCUUAUUAAAACUAUAAAAGCUAUUGAAAGAGAACUC